GGUGGAGGCGGGAGUAGCCGUGUGGAGCUGCUGGUGUUCGGCUAUGCCUGCAAGCUGUUUCGGGAUGAUGAGAAGGCUCAGUACCAGGAGCAGGGGCGACACCUUAUUCCUUGGAUGGGAGACCCCAAGAUCAUGAUCGAUAGGUCGGUGUAACACAACCCCCAGACUGUGCUGCGAGAUCUCCUGUGAUAGCCUCUUUCUGUUCCCCCCCUUGUGCUGUGGGCAGUGAGGGCGGGGGUUGAGCAGACGGCUCGCUCUGACAGGCGCGUCGGGAUCUUCCGUGGCGAGGCUGGAGGCAGCUCCUCCCGGCACAGCGCUCCGAGGGUGCUCUGGGAGCGCUGCAGGGCCCCCCGCCUGCGGGAACUUGGGGUUUCCCGCUCUGGCAGCGCUGCGAGGUUCCUCUCCUCCUGGCAGUCAGCGUUGUGAUGGGUCUUUCUGCUCCACUUGUCAAGGCAGGGUCGGCAGGGUCGAGAGUGGGAAUGAUCUUUUCCUUUUCAGUGCAAACCACAAGCAUCCUCUUUUUUCACUUGGAAUCCAAGGGAGCCUGAUUGUGGGAGUAUUUAUCAGGCACAUUUUAUGUUCUGUAGGUGAGAAUGGGGCAGUGUUGGGAGUGCAAAGGUGUUCAUCCACCAUAAAGGAAAUGGGGAUUUCCUGUUUCUCCUACAUAAUCUGGCUGCAGGCUGUUGAUGGGACACCCCAAAAGCACUUCUUGGUCUCUUUCCCUGGUGCCAUGAUUUACUGUAUUUAGACAGAAUGGAUUUGAUUUUAGGUGCUUGCUCUUGAAAUUUUAUGUCAGGGCUGGUUUGUUUUGGUUGUUCUGCAAUGGGUCCAGGUUUGUGGCCACAGAGAGGAAUAGAAUCUGCUUUGAUGUUCCUUCUGGUCUCUUGAGUUGUUUCAGCACUGCAGGGUGGGAUUUGGAAAUAAACUCAUUCAGAAAGGGUUACCUGAAUGUUUUGUUGGACAAAGUGAAGAUGAGAGAUCAGGUUGGUUAUGUUUGAGUGGAGCACUGAAAGAAUAAUUACGAGUUGUGGCUGACCCUGAAAACCUCAGUGGGAAAGAUGGGAGGAUUUUGGCUUGAAAAGGAUCACAUAACAUACUAUAGAUAUUUGUUCCCUCAGUUUCAUCACUGCUUUGGUGCUAGACAAGAUUUUCUUAUUUUGACUUAAAAGCUGUAUUUGUCUUGGAAAAGUGUCAGUAGGGGAUGGUUUUUUAUUGCCUUCCAUAGGACUGGAGAAAAAAGAAAUGCCCUUGCACUGUUUUGGUGCUUACACCGUUAAUGAUCAUUGUCAUUGAAAUAAAUUUGUUAAAUUGGAAUAGACACAAAGGCAGGACAAAACAACCAUAAAUAUUUGUAGUUUUGUUUCAUUUCUCACUCAUACAACAAUGGAAGUGUUGUGUUGCACACUUCUAAAACAUUAAAAAUAAUAAUUAAAAUAAUUACUGUGAUUGAUCUCAUUCAUAGGUCGAGGCGGUUUUUGGGGUGCUCUGCAGCAGAGCCCUGUUCACAGGUGUUACAGAAAUUGUAGGGAGCAAACACUAAGCGUGUGCAUGUCUGUGCACACGUACUGAAAUACCAAAUAACGGACAUUUAUGAGUUAAGGCAGCUUGCAAUUGCUAAUCUUAUGAACUCCUUUGGAAGCUUAGGAUUGCUUUUAUCUCCAGCAGCAGGAAGUCUUCAUUUUCACCAUUUUGAGGAAAGCACAUUGCUAUGAGAAGACUUGGGUUCAAGUUUGCCUGUGGACAGGGCUUGAUUAACCAGACCUAUGUUUCAUUUGCUUUUUGCUAUAAGAAUAUUUACUUUCUUUGUUUUUGGUCUAGCAAGUUGGCACAAGUCAAGAGUUGUGUGUGGGAAGACACCUCAGCGGAGUCAAGCUUACUGUCACUUUACUUUCCAAUCAGUUUCUCUUACUGAUGCAUAAACAUUAUCCCAAUGCAGUGCUUUUCCUACAAAUAAAGUGAUUUCUUAGUAGAAAGGAACUGUACAUCUUUGAUCUUUGCCGAUUUUGCAGUGAACCUCCUUAAAUUGCAUGUUUAUGUUACUGUUCCUAUGUAUGUGUGUCUCUCUAUCACAUAACCCAGAACUUAUUUCCUCAGCCAAAUGGCUAGGGGCCGAGCCUAGCCAUGAUUUUACCUCCAAUGGACGCAAGUUUCUAUGGUGAAGAUUUCUCCUGAGAGUUCGGGACUAGCAGAAAGAAGCGAGGAAAUUUCGACCGUUUGGUUCUUACGGAUAGGUAUGAUGGGCGUGGUCACCUGCAUGACCUUUCUGAAUAUGAUGCUGAAUAUUCCACCUGGAACAGAGAUUAUCAGUUGUCCGAAGAGGAGGCUAGAAUAGAAGCCCUCUGUGAUGAAGAGAGAGGAGGAAUAUAAAAGACUCAGUGAAGCUUUGGCAGAGGAUGGUACCUAUAAUGCAGUGGGAUUCCGUUAUGGCAGUGAUUAUUAUGACCCUUCAGAACCCACUGAAGAGGAGGAGCAUCAGCCUGCAAGACAAAGAGAAACAGCUCAGACAGAAAAUACAGAGGAAAAUGAGGAACCUUUUGUUGCCCCUCCGGGACUGAAUGUACCUUCUGAUGUGGAACUGCCACCAACGGCAAAAAUGCAUGCGAUCAUUGAGCGAACUGCAAACUUUGUGUGCAAGCAGGGAGCCCAGUUUGAGAUCAUGCUGAAAGCCAAGCAAGCACGCAACUCCCAGUUUGACUUUCUGCGGUUUGAUCACUACCUCAAUCCCUACUACAAGUUCAUCCAGAAGGCCAUGAAAGAAGGACGCUAUGCGGCUCCUUCGGAAAGUAAAGCUGAUGAGAAAAAACACUCAAGAGUCAAAUCUGAGGAAGAUGAUGAUGACGAUGAUGACGAUGAUGGAAAUUAUCUUCAUCCAAGUCUUUUUGCAUCUAAAAAAUGCAGUAGGCUUGAAGAGCUCAUGAAGCCUUUGAAGGUAGUAGACCCUGAUCACCCCCUUGCAGCACUGGUGCGCAAAGCACAAUCAGAUAAUAAUUCGUCUACGCCACAGUCAACAGACGGGGCAGCUGUGCAGACAUCACAGGCAGAAUAUUCCUCUGAUUCAACUGUGGCAGCCAUGUAUUACAGCUACUACAUGCUCCCUGAUGGAACCUAUUGCCUGGCGCCUCCACCUCCGGGAAUUGAUGUUGCUGCCUACUACAACGCCCUGCCGCCGGGGGUGACUGUGUCCAGCACUGCAGGGGUGGCCACGGUUCCUCCCCCUCCUGGUACCACACCCCCGCCUCCCCCAGACACCAGUGACAGCACCAGUGGGUUGGCUUCCACCUCAACAUCUACAAGCACAAUUGCUCCAGUGGUUGCUAUUAUACCUCCACCUCCAGAUAUCCAACCUGUCAUUGACAAGCUAGCUGAGUAUGUUGCUAGGAAUGGGGUAAAAUUCGAAACUAGUGUUCGUGCCAAGAAUGAUCUCAGGUUUGAAUUCCUGCAACCAUGGCACCAGUAUAAUGCAUAUUAUGAAUUUAAAAAACAGUUCUUCCUUCAAAAAGAGAGCGGUGACAACUGCCAGGGAGUAUCUUCUUCUGAAGAUGUUCCAGCAGACACUGCCAAUGACACACCGACUGAGACUCAAUUUGCAGAUGAACAGGCACCUGAAGAUGCAUCUGAGCUGAGUUCUAAGGGAGUUCCAGGAACUAAAAAGGAUAUUCCUCCUAAAGCUGUCAGUGAUGGUAAACUGGUGAAAGCAUCCUUUGCUCCAAUAAGCUUUGCAAUCAAGGCCAAAGAAAACGACCUUCUUCCUUUAGAGAAAAACCGUGUUAAAUUAGAUGAUGACAGUGAUGAGGAGGAAGAGGAGGGAAAGGAAGGCCAGGAGAGUGCUAGCAGUGCAUCAAACCAUACUCCAGCAACUGCCGCUCCUUGUACUGCUCCUGAAGAGAAAAAGCCUCAACUUACACAGGAGGAGUUGGAAGCUAAACAAGCAAAGCAGAAACUAGAGGAUAGAUUAGCAGCUGCAGCAAGGGAGAAGCUUGCACAGGCCUCCAAAGAAUCAAAGGAGAAGCAGCUACAAGCAGAACGCAAAAGGAAAGCUGCCUUGUUCUUGCAAACCCUGAAAAACCCUCUGGCAGAGGUAGAAACUGAGAAGAUUGAGGAGAAUUCCUUCAGUAGUGAGAGCGUCAGUAGUAUACCAUGUCCUGUGACUGCAGUCAGAACUUUGCCCACCUUAGAAGUUAAACAAGCAGAAAGGCCUUCAAGCAGAAGCAGAGAUCCUCCUAGGGAUGAAGAAAAGGAAAAGAAAAGGAAAAAACACAAGAAAAGGUCUCGGUCAAGAUCUCGAUCACCAUUCAAGUAUCAUUCAUCAUCUAAGUCCAGGUCUAGAUCACAUUCAAAAGCAAAACACUCACUUCCCACUGCCUAUAGGACUGUCAGGCAUUCAAGGUGUAACAGAAAUGGCUCAGGACUUUGUAGGUCACGAUCAAGGUCACCCCGGAGAAGGGCUCACACACCAGAACGGCGGAGAGACGAGAGAAGCGUUCCCACAGCGUAUCGCAUCAGCAAUAGUCCUGGCAACAGCAGGAAACGGCCCCGCUCCAAAAGUCCCCAUGAAAAGAAGAAGAAAAGGCGGUCUAGAUCACGUACUAAAUCCAGAGCUAGGUCUCCCUCGCCAUCCAUGUCACCAGGCAAACCAUCGACACACAAAAAUUCUGUACAUUCAACUAGUGUCUCUCCUGUGGAGAGCAGGGAAUCCAGCCAGGAACGCUCCAGGGGAGUUUCUCAGGAAAAAGAUGGCCAAAUCUCUUCAGCAAUUGUGUCAUCAGUGCAGAGUAAAAUCACUCAGGAUCUUAUGGCCAAAGUGAGAGCAAUGCUUGCAGCUUCCAAAAACAUCCAAACCAGUGCCUCCUGAGACCUGUUGGAACUGACCAUCAAGAAAUUGUGUGAAAAGAGCAAUUGGAAAAGAACUGCCUCAUCUCAAAUGUACAGCUGAGCUUGGCUCACUUGGUUCACAACUCGCCUAAUUUACCAGAACUCAAGAAGCUAAAACCUAUCUUUCUGUACAGAAGCAUCUCCUUGAAAUUUCAUUAAAUUUUUUCAGCCAGAAUAUCUUUGAGAAGUUUUUGGGUUUUGUAAAUUGAUUUUUUUGACUAACUCUUCAAUAACAUUUUAUGAUCAGCAGUCUGUAUGUGUAUAUUUGUAAAUACUAUGUUUCUGUGAAAAGUAUUACACAAUAAUAAAGAAGGAAACAUCUUUCAUUAGCUAGAGGUUUUGUGGAGUUCUUAAUUGUUUCCAGUUAAUUUUGUUACAAAUUAAUUUUUUGUUGUUUAUUAUUUUCUGCUUUUAAAUUUGACAACUGUCUUGCCUGCUGAUCACCUUAAGCUGAGAAAUUCUGUUUAUCUUCCAUCAUGCACAGGAUAAUCUCAGAAAAAUGCUUGUAUACUUGGAUGUCAGUAGUAGACAGUUUUUGAACAAGCGAUGUGAUUUUCUGUCCAUGAGUUAGAAAGAUCUUGGAGCCUCCAUGUGAGGGGUUGGCCCUUGAAAGUCAAUAACUAAUGGUCAGUAGCCCCAUUGUCUUAGUGUACCUUGUUCUCUCUACUUAGGUACAGAAAAGAGGGUAUUUUUGGGCAUUCAUCAGGCAUCCUGUAUAGAAAUCCAGCAUUUUUCUGAUUCAACGUACCGUUGAAAAAGAUAUUUACUAACUUGCAUUUUACUGACAUAGACCUAUUAACUUUUUUCAGAAAGUUUGUGUCCUCAGUAAAAUUGCACAUUUGUUUAUUAUGCAUUAUUUUUUCCACACUGAGACUGUUUUAAUGUUUUAAUUUAAAUGCUCUUAAAAUCGGUACCAAAGAAUGUGUAGAUUUUUACCAAAGCCUGCUUUGUAAUGGUUGGUUAUAUUCCAAAGGUGCUGUUAUUAGCAAUUGUCUAAUUCCAUAAAGAAUGGGAUCAUGGCUUUUAGUGAUCCCUGAAAAAAGUCUGUGAUCUACAGUUAGAAAGAUUCUGGGUUUAGUGACUCACUGUCCUGAUUUUCUCAGAUUGUAUGAAGAGUAGGUGGAGGAUUGAAACGGAUUAUAGAAAUUAAAGUUCACACAUCCUCACAGACCAGUUGGUAAAUUAUUUCAAUAGAAUGACACAGAUAAACAACCCCAAUGCAAAAAUCUUCCUGUUCAAAGCAAGGGGAGGAGAAACAAUGUUGAUACAAUUCAAAUUUUUGGUAACAUGAUGGUCUGAAUGUUCCCUGGCAUGCCAGUUGCUCCCUUGGAAUGCAAGCGCAGUAUUUAAGCCAUUGGGAACGGUAAUUGAUCAGGUUUCUUUUCAAUUUUUGGUUAAUAAUUAGCCAAAUUCGCUCUCAUACAAACAAUAUAAAAUGCUGGGUCUGAUGCAAAGAAAUAUUGUGCAUAUAACCUGUGAUGAAACAGAGCCAUCUAAAUGGUCAUUUAGAAUGACGUUAUCCACCACUUACCUAAUUAUUUCAAAGUUAUUUGCAGUGUUUUGACUAGGAUGAAAAUAACUUUCAACCAGUAUCAGAGAGGCACCAUUUCCUCUGCACCAGUUGGUGAAACAGUACUAGUAGAGAGAGAAAAAAAAAGGACAUAAAGUAGAUUUCAAGACAGCUGUCGUAGAUUGCAGUUCAGCGUUGGAAUUUACAGGUAUUUUUCUCCCUUAAAUGGAGUUGAAAGUGCCACCAUGGUUAAAUAUUUGGCAGCUUGGAUGCAAGUUGUUUGCUAAGUAAUAGGAAAAAAUCCCAGCUCUUUGGUAAAAUAGACUGGGCAGCUUGUGUGGCUGCUGCUUUGCAGAUUCAUUCUCUUUGGGAAGGUUGUUGCUUUUAUGACUUCUUAGAAUAUUUUCUCUUUCUAUGAGCAAGUCUUCUAGUCUCCUCUUUUCUUCUUUUCCUUAAUCCCUUUUGGGAUAUGUCAGGAGAUGGAGUGCUUAGCUUCAGAAAAAUUUAGGUUAAACUGCAUUUUUAUACAGUCUUUAUUUUUUUACUGAGGUUUGUUUGCAUUUAGAAAUCUCAUGGGGAGCUGAAUUCUCUAAAAAGUAGUGGUGUUUUCAUUAUGCUAUUUUUUCCUAAAAUAUAAAGAGGUUUUAAAA